AUGGUAUCACAAGCAGAAAAUUUACCACGUGAAAUAUGGUUAUACACAUUUACAUUUCUGGAAGGACAUGAUGUUGUUCGAUCAUUUUCUUGCCUAAAUGUAUUUUUUAAUUCUCUACUUCAUUCACCACAUUUGCAAUUACACAUUCGAAUCAGACAAAAUGAAUCAAAUGAACGUUUACCUGAACCGACUUGGUUACAUAUUAAUCUACAAAAUAUCUAUUCAAUUUCUGUAGGACGUCGAAAAGCUAAUUGUCUUAUUCAAUUUCUACGGUGGCAUGCCCAAUAUCUCGUUCGUCUUCAAUCUGUAUCCAUUUAUUUAAGAAAAUCAAAACUUUAUACUAAUAUUCAAUUUGUAAUUUUUGCACUCGAACAAAUACCUUCUCUCAAACAUAUUCGUAUUAAGGUACUUGAGUUUGGAGAGUCAGAAAAAAUUAAUUUAAGAAACCGUUUGCCUAAUUGUGAUGGAAAAAGUUGGUUCAGUUUGGAAGAAAAUGAACGAUAUUUAGAAGUGACCAUUACAUUCAAAUCAACAACAAAAUAG